CCUCAAAGCCCUUCAAAUAAGUUCCUUGGAGCGAAGAAUUCACCCAACCUCAAAGCCCUUCAAAUAAGUUCCAAGAAACGACACUACAUCUCUCUCUCAGUUUCUUAAUCGACUUAAUUCAAGGCUUUGGUCAAUGCAAACAGGAAGGAAUACGAAGGGGAAGUGGUGGAGAGCAAGAUGAGUGGCGGUGGCAGUAGCACUUCUCGAAGCACUAGGGAUUUGAUCUGCCAUGCCGGUGCUGGUGCUGCUGCAGGUGCUAUAGCAGCCACGUUCGUCUGCCCUUUAGAUGUGAUCAAGACGAGGCUGCAAGUGCAUGGUCUUCCAUCUGGUCAAAGAGGAGGUAGUAUUAUUGUCACUAGCCUACAAGACAUAAUGCGUUCUGAAGGUUUCAGGGGACUGUACCGUGGCCUUUCACCAACAAUAUUAGCACUUCUUCCAAACUGGGCUGUCUACUUCACAGUUUAUGAGCAUCUAAAAGGCGUACUUCAUUCAGAUGGGGACGAUGGUCAUCAACUCUCGUUCGGCGCAAAUAUGGUUGCUGCUGCUGGGGCUGGGGGAUCUACUGCCAUUGCAACAAAUCCUUUAUGGGUUGUUAAGACCAGACUCCAAACACAGGGAAUGAGGCCUGGUGUGGUUCCUUACACAGGCAUGGUUUCAGCAUUUACCAGGAUCAUACAGGAAGAAGGAAUCCGUGGGCUUUACAGUGGUAUCCUCCCUUCAUUGGUUGGGAUAAGUCAUGUUGCCAUUCAAUUUCCAGCAUACGAAAAGCUCAAAUCAUACAUGGCAAAAAGAGAUAACACAACCAUUGAAAAGCUAACUCCGGGACAUUUAGCAAUUGCCUCGUCAUUGUCAAAAGUUAUGGCCUCGGUGACGACUUACCCACAUGAGGUAGUUCGUUCCAGGAUGCAAGAGCAAGGCCAAGCCAGAAAUGUUGCUCCUCAAUACUCAGGCGUACUGGACUGUAUCAAAAAGGUUUUUCAAAAGGAAGGUCUUCCCGGUUUUUACAGGGGUUGUGCGACAAAUCUGUUACGAACAACGCCAUCCGCCGUAAUAACCUUCACCAGCUAUGAGAUGAUACAUAGGUUUCUACUGCAAUUUAUACCUCAAGGCGAGGAGAAACCUUCCCCCCAUCUGAAUUCGAAUAGCAAUAGCCAUGUGAAGCCCCAAAAGGCAAACCGAGACGACUCGAAGGAAGAGAGUGAUUCCGGCUUACAACAAUCACAAUCCCAGCCAAGUAAGCAAACUAGAAUUCCUCUGGGGAACAAAGAACAGUUAGCAUCUAGACACUGAUUAAAUUUUGAUUGCCUCCUCUCUUUUUUCCCCCCUCUUGAUCUUAGAGACGAAUAAUAAAAUUUUCUGUUGGUGAAUAAACGCAUGCUCUCCGUGUGCUCUGAAUUUAUGGAUAUGUUCAUUGGUUGGUGAUUGCUAUGGAAAAAUCUGUAGCAUCCACAUGUCUGUGUGAGUGAAUGAAAACCAUAUCCAUAUCAAACUUGUACCUGAUCGAGUCUAGGAAUUUUGGAGAUGAGCUGCCCAGCAAAUUAUAUUAAUAGAUUUAUUGGUUGUUGGAUAAUC